AUGGAUGCAUCCAAGGAAGACAAGUCCCUGGGAAGACUUGUCAACGAUGAGCACAAAAAUCCAACUUGCAAAAUGAGAACUGUUGAAGUGAAGAAAAGCCUCAUCUUUGUCUAUUUGCUGUACGAGACAUUUUACCAGGUGAAGAAAUCACUUACAACUAUGGCGACUUCGGACUGGCCGUGGAGAGCCAAGUCUUUAAAUGAACCGUCAACAGAAUCCAGUGAUGUAAAAUCAGUCAGCAGUUUGGGCCCACAGAAAUCGCAGCGGUUUCAAUCAAGAAUGUCAAAGUUGCGACAACAUCAUGAAGAUUGUUAUAAUCGCUUUAAAAGAGCAGAGACUGAGAGGAAUGAGAGUGAAAAGAAACAUCUCAAGCUAUUGCAUGAUCAGGUCACUAAACAGCUGUCACAAAAAGAUUGCUCGCUGUCCCCGUCACCCACUGAAGUAUGCACAUCUGAUACACCAUCACAUUCACCACUUAAUGUGCCGCAAUCCUCAUCACCUUUGCCCUGUGCUGCAUCCACCGCAGGGAAUGGCUUAUCACAGGAACCUGAGCCUGUCUCAUUAAGGGAGUACUCAUGGAAAGCCCUCAGUGAUUCAGAUGUUACAGACUACAGCGAUGUUGACUAUGUACCCAAGAGCAGCUCAGACGAAUCAGAUGAUAGUGCUUCUGGAUAUAGCAUGGUUGAAAGUAGCUUAGAUGAAGCUAAUGAAAAGACUUCUGAAAAGAAUCCACAGACAAUAUUACCGCUUACCGAGGGGACGCUGCAGCUGGCAAAGAUGAGCAAGGUCUUGUUAGCAAUGGAAAAGGGAACACUCUCAGACUUCAAAGGAAAGACGCUUGAUGAGAUUGAAAUUGACCCAAAUGAACAAUUUGAACCCCUCGUUAAUGAUAUGUCAAGUGAUGAGGAGGAUUGCAGCGACCCAUCUCAGUCAGCAUCCCCAGAAGAGACGGCUCAACUGUCUGGAUCACAAAAGGAUCAAAGUUCUUUAAAGGCUCCAAAAAGAAAAUGGGAGGACAUUGAGGUAAAAGCAAUAGAAAGGCACAUGAUGAGGUUCAUCAAGACAUGCAAAGUUCCUGGUAAGCAAGACUGUGAAAGAUGCAUUGAAGCAGAGCCAGAGGCUUUGAAGGAGCUACACAGUGAGCGAAAGGAUUUAAAAGACGUUGAGAUAUUGUACCGGACUCUGAGACAUUUCUACCUGCCCAGUGAAUUUGGAUGUGUUCCUCCCAGCGGCAAAGCAUCGAGAGAUACUGGUGCAGACCGUGAUCACAUGCUGCUGCAGAAACAUCCAGAACACAGCCGAGAGUCAGAUUAUGAGGAGAGUUUGCAAAUAAAGGGAUUCAUUCAGAUCAAGAU